GUGCAGUAAUCGUCUGACCGCCGGAAAGAAAAAUUGAACCAGUUUUAUAAUAUUGUAUUUCAGUCGCCAGUCAGUAGAACCAAAUAAUAAAGAAUGUCACUGAUUUUCGAUCAAAAGUUCAAGCUUGAAACCAGCGAAAAUUUUGACGAAUUCUGUAAAGCUCUGGGCGUCAUAGAGGUGAUGCGCACAUUGGGAAAAGUUAUGUCUCCGGUGGUGGAAUUGACCAAAAACCCGGACGGUAAACACGUGUUGACGUGCAACACGAUGAUCAGAAACACGUCGAUUGAGUUCAACCUUAACGAAGAAUUCGUUGAAGAGACAUUAGACGCCCAUAAAGUUAGGUCGAUCAUCACCCAGAAAGGCAACAAGCUGGUGCACGUCCAAAAAGGUUCUAGUAACAGGAAAGAGACAACGAUAAUCAGAGAAUUCGAACCCGAUCAACUGAAAAUGACAUUGACCGCCGAUGGUGUCACUUGCACAAGGAUUUACAAACCAGUCAAAUAAACACAGCAUUACAACAUUUAACGUAUUACUACUGAAACACUGCAGUACCUACCUUUAUAUAAUAUUGUAUACUUGUAUAUUAUUCAGGUUUUUAUCAACCAAUCUGAAACGUGGCAUUCUGUAAUAUAUAAAUAUAAAAUACACA